AUGGUGAUGAAUAAGGAUUAUAACGCUGAAGAUGACUGGGAGGUGGUCUCAGACGAAGGAGCUCAAGAGGAAUCGCAAAGCGAGGAACCAUCAUCCACAGUGGAGAGCGUGGAACCAAGACAGGAAACACCAUCAGAUCCACCAGCAGAACCAGCGGCCAAGGAGGAACAACCAGAGGAAGCGGAGACUCAUCCCAAAGAGACGGACAGAACUCCUGAUGAAGACACCGAAAUUGCCACCAAGGCUUCGUUAGGGAAUUCGGUAUCCACGCAGACGAGCGUGGAAAAUUCGGAAGGGUCUACCACCAAGGCAACCAACACAACCGUGGAUGUUGCUGAAGGCGUUGCUGUUGACGAAGAGAAGAAAGAGGAAGAAGAGCAAGAGCCACUGCUCUCUAAGGAGGACGAGACAAAAGUCCCAGAGGAAACAACCCCGGAAACCCCACAGCAACAACCAGCAAGAAAACCCAGUCUCCCAGGAUGGCUGCAGGGUUCCCUCAAUAAGCUUGGAACUGUCAUUAAGGAAGCGGAUGCUAAACACAACCUUCAACACAGAGCUCGCAACAGUGUCAAGACAGUGGGAGAUUCUCUCACCAAACUAGGAGAUUCCAUUCAGAAAGAAGCCACUGUCGCCAAGGCAACCCUAGACCGAGAAUCCGUUCGUUUCACGGAAACCAUUCAAGAAAAAGCCGACGAGGUCGAUUGGCACAACAAGACCAAGGCCGUCGAAGUACAAGUCAAGGAAGCCGCACAAAAGGUCGAAGAAAGUGCCAAGAAAUUGGGAGAAUCCGUCAAGACGAACGCCACCAAGGCUGGAGAAACGGUCAAGGUUGGCGCCACAAAAGCGGGAGAAACGGUCAAAGAAUUAAACAAGGAUGGCAAGGUGACGGAUUUCUUCGCGGCAGCUGCCGUCGUAGGAGGUGCCCUGCUCUUGGCACGAGGCAAACCCGGCGCAGGAGCCGCCAUGAUGGCCACGGGCGGUGCGGCAUAUGCCGCCUCGGAAGCCACCCGAGGAGACCGGCAGUAUGAUGCCGGGUUGAAUGAAAACCUUCAUAUGGAUUAA